AGCUGCAUAUAUAGCGUGAACUUUCGCAGAAGGUGAAUCACAAAUGUGAGCUAUUUUCUUCAUUCCUAACGGCUCAUAUCACAACUAUUCCUUUUCUUCAUUCUUUUCUAUAUGCUCGAGAUUCAAUGGAAGCAAAAGUUCUGUCCAGCGGAAUUCGCCACUCUACUCUCCCUCAAACUUAUAUCCGCCCUCAUUCCGAUAGGCCACGCCUUUCUGAAGUCGCUGAUUGUGAAAAUGUUCCGGUAAUUGACAUGGGCUGUGGUGAUAGAAACCUUAUUGUUCAUCAAAUUGGCGAAGCCUGUCGUCUUUAUGGUUUUUUCCAGGUAAUUAACCAUGGUGUACCAAAGAAUUUAGUAGAGGAAAUGCUAGAGAUAGCUCGGGAAUUUUUUAGGCUUCCAGUUGAAGAGAAGUUGAAGUUGUACUCAGAUGACCCAUCCAAGACAAUGAGAUUGUCCACUAGUUUUAAUGUGAAAAAAGAGACGGUUCACAAUUGGAGAGAUUAUCUCAGACUUCAUUGUUAUCCUCUGGAAAAAUACGCUCCCGAAUGGCCUUCCAAUCCUGCCUCUUUCAGGGAAAUAGUGAGCAGAUAUUGCACAGAGGUCCGACAGCUCGGAUUCAGAUUGCAGGAAGCCAUAGCAGAGAGCCUAGGCUUAGAGAAAGAGUGUAUAAAGGAUGUAUUGGGUGAACAAGGCCAACACAUGGCUAUCAAUUUCUACCCUCCUUGUCCACAACCAGAGCUCACUUAUGGGCUGCCAGCACAUACUGAUCCAAAUGCCCUUACUAUUCUUCUUCAAGACUUACAAGUAGCUGGUCUUCAAGUUCUUAAAGAUGGCAAAUGGUUGGCUGUCAAACCUCAGCCAGACGCCUUUGUCAUUAAUCUUGGUGAUCAACUGCAGGCAGUGAGUAAUGGAAGAUACAAAAGUGUAUGGCAUCGAGCUAUUGUAAAUUCAGACAAAGCCAGGUUGUCAGUGGCUUCAUUCCUUUGUCCGUGCGAUAGCGCGAAAAUCAGUGCUCCAAAGCUCCUCACUGAAGAUGGAUCUCCAGUCAUUUAUCAGGACUUUACAUAUGCUGAGUAUUACAAGAAGUUCUGGAGCAGGAAUUUGGACCAGGAACAUUGUUUGGAACUUUUCAAGAACUAAAAAGUUAAGGCUAUAGUAUUUAAAAAUCCACCAUCUUCAUCCUGGACAAUCUCUUUGCAAAAUUUACUAUUUUUCAUGUUUUUUACCCUUUUUAUUUUAGUUUUGAGCGAUAGUUAUGGGGUGGAGUUAAAUUAGAAAAAAGAAAUAGUUAUAUGUUCAUUGCCUAGCUGAUCAAAUUACCCAAGAGUCCAGCGUCCUGUUUUGCAAUUUGCUGUCAAGUAGUAUUAGCAAUAAUUAGCUGGGAAAGUUGGACUACAGAUCUUGUUGGAAUUAAGAGGAAUAGCGGUUUAGUCCAGUUGUAAUAGGAAUAAGAUUAGUACUUAUUGUUUAAUUACUCUAUUUCCAUUUACUUCCUUCUGUGAAAGUUCAUGUGUAUCCUAUGAAUCCGAUCAACUUUUGUUCU